CUUCUCACUGUGUUAUACAAUUCGUCUCUCGGGAUAUCUAUUCAGUCUGUAAUCUGUUUAAUGAACUUAUGACUGCAGAUUGAUAGUGCGACGGACUGCGAUGUGUUAGUGUUUUAAAUAUGGAGACGAAAAUAUUCCUGUGUUUUAUUUUUACCAUACAACUUUUUAUACGAUCUCAAGCGCAGGGGAUACGGUACUGCCCGGCCGGUGCGUUGAGAUGUCAGGACGGGAUCUGUAUAGACUUUCAUUUCUCCUGCGACGGAGAUGCCGAUUGUUACAACAUUUCAAACACAGACGUUCCAUAUAGAACCCGUCUGUUAGGUGUGAGGGCUCCUGUGAACCGCCUAUGUAAACAGAGCCAUUUUGAGUGCGCGAACGGGCGCUGCGUGCCGCUGAACUGGGUAUGCGAUACGGAGGACGACUGCGGGGACGGCUCAGAUGAGCGCGACUGUCUCCCCCGCGACUCUCCCCCCUGUCCAGUCAAACUGCUGCAGACCUACAGCAGAACGCUCAAAAAAUUUAAUAUAAAAAAUGUUUCUGUAUCGUGUAAAAGAUGUAUUACGUCAGAACAGGAUAAUACCAAGUUGAAAGUGACGAUAUAUCCCACGAAGACUAAACAUUACGUCAACGUUGGCGAUGCUUUGGUGCUGCAAUGCCGGGACGAGAGCGGUCUGCGAGCGCCUGUGCGCUGGUUCAGGGAGGACAACAAAUCAUUCACAGUCGGAACUGGUCAAUUCAUGGGACGUUUGGAAAUAAAUAUAGUUGAUGAAGCGGAUGGUGGAGGUUACGUUUGUCAAGCGGCAUCACAUUUGGGCAGUCCUGGCUCGGAAGCAAGAGUCAAUGUUAUAGUGAAUAGUGGAAACGGUGAUGGAGAUAUACGAACGAUACGGAAGCCCAGGUUUAAAGAGACGCAGAGUGAAUGUUACGAGUGGCAGUUGCAAUGUGUUUCGGAUAAAUUGUGUUUGCCAUUGAUAUGGCGCUGCGACGGCGAUAUAGAUUGUGCAGACGGCUCCGACGAACGCUUUUGCUUCGUUCCCAUCUCAUCAAACUAUCCUGAUUCUAAUUAAUGCUGCAAUCUUAGAUUUUAUUAAUUAUGUUAAAAAGAGCACAUGUCUGAAAAAUA